GCCCGCUGUCACCUGUGCACGUGCACCAUGAGCCUUACGUAAGCCUGCUCAUGCCCAACCUGCCCAGGGCUCAUGUGCGGGCUAAGCUUUAGGACUAGAAACAGCCCUUCGCAGAAAACCUCCCUCCGAUGGGGCGACAGCUGCGCGCCGUGCACGCCGGUAGCUUAGUGAACAUUCGUUAAACGCGCACGGUGAUAGUGUUAUUUAGACGAUUAUAUUUUGGAUUCGUGUUUAUAUCCUAAUAUGGAAGUGGAGUGUUAGUGAGGGAGGCUGCGACGAUCUCACGGGACUUUACUGACCAACGGUUAACCAACAUCCAAGAUGAUCAACAUAGCGGGCGUGAUCUCCAUCAUCUUGUUCUACGUGUUAAUUCUGGCCGUGGGCAUCUGGGCAGGCCGCAAGAAACCACCAGGCAAUGACUCGGAAGAAGAGGUUAUGCUGGCUGGCCGGUCCAUCGGGCUGUUCGUCGGCAUAUUUACUAUGACUGCGACAUGGGUGGGCGGCGGCUACAUCAACGGCACCGCGGAGGCGAUCUACACGUCGGGGCUCGUGUGGUGCCAGGCGCCCUUCGGAUAUGCCCUCUCGCUGGUCUUCGGCGGCAUAUUUUUCGCAAACCCCAUGAGGAAACAGGGCUACGUGACCAUGCUGGACCCCCUGCAGGACUCGUUCGGCAGCCGCAUGGGCGGCCUGCUGUUCCUGCCAGCACUGUGUGGGGAGGUGUUCUGGGCUGCCGGCAUCCUGGCUGCGCUGGGCGCCACCCUGGCCGUGAUCAUCGACAUGGACCACCGCACCUCCGUGAUCUUCAGCGCAUGCGUGGCGGUGUUCUACACGCUGUUCGGCGGGCUCUACUCCGUCGCGUACACCGACGUCAUCCAGCUCUUCUGCAUCUUCCUCGGCCUCUGGAUGUGCAUCCCAUUCGCCUGGGCCAACGACUAUGUUAAACCACUGGGGGGCAUGGAGGUGGAUUGGAUUGGACAUAUCGACAAGAAAUACUACUGGUUUUAUCUGGACUAUGGGCUGUUGCUGAUCUUUGGAGGGAUUCCGUGGCAGGUAUAUUUCCAACGCGUACUGAGCAGUAAGACAGCAGGGCGAGCGCAGAUCCUAUCCUACGUGGCAGCCAUCGGUUGCAUCUUCAUGGCCAUCCCGCCCGUGCUCAUCGGAGCCAUCGCCAAAGCCACAGCAUGGAACGAGACCGGCUUCAAGGGGGACCUGACUGAGAACGGCGAGCUGACGUCAGACCAGACGUCCAUGAUCCUGCCCCUGGUACUUCAGUAUCUGACCCCGGACAUCGUGUCCUUCUUCGGCCUGGGGGCUGUGUCUGCCGCCGUCAUGUCCUCGGCUGACUCCAGUGUGCUGAGCGCUUCUAGCAUGUUUGCCAGGAACGUGUACAAGCUGAUUUUCCGCCAGAACGCAUCCGAGAUGGAGAUCAUCUGGGUGAUGCGCGUCAGCAUCCUAGUGGUGGGCUUCCUUUCCACGCUGAUGGCGCUGACCAUCCCCUCCAUCUACGGUUUGUGGUCGAUGUGCUCGGACCUUGUGUACGUGAUCCUCUUCCCGCAACUGCUGAUGGUCGUCCACUUCAAGAAGUACUGCAACACCUACGGCUCGCUCUCCGCGUACAUAGUGGCCCUACUCGUUCGGCUGACUGGGGGCGAGAAGAUGCUGGGGUUGGACCCGCUGAUUCACUACCCUGGGUGGGAUCCGGAAACGGAGCAACAACUGUUCCCCUUCAGGACCAUGGCUAUGGUGCUGUCGCUGUUCACGUUGGCGUUCAUAUCCUGGCUCUCUGUGUACCUCUUCAACUCCGGCUACCUCAGUCCCGAGUCCGACUACUUCAACUGCGUAGUCAACAUCCCCGAGGACAUGGGCCGUGUGGACGAGCCGUCCGAAGCCGGCGAGCAGAUGUCCGUACUCGGCGGCGUACCGGGCCGGCUGUACGGCGCCGCGUCCACGCUGGUCGGGCCGGACGAGCGCGCCGGACGCAUCAACCCGGCCCUGGAACCCGAUGACGACCUGGACGACCCCAACGACGGACCCACCCCCCUCUUCGGCUCGAGCUCGGCGCCCCCGCCCGUGCAGCCGCUCGGCAAACAGACAGCUUUCUGAGACGAUGCAUACUUCUACUAAAGAAGCACGGAUGGGAUGGUUAUAUGGGGCUCUGCAACUGAAUUAUUAAUCUUUGAAUGGAUAGAGUGUGGUUUGAUUGUAUAUCAUUUAAUUUAUUACUUGUUACUUUAUUGACGUGUAAAAGCGCUCGUGAAUACAUAUUUAAUCGUAAAUCGAUUUGUGAAGUAACAACAGAAACAUAAGCCAGAAUUAACAUUUUUUUUUCCAGUGUAAGGUCGGACGCCCUUUAAGACAGAACGUGUAGUUAAUUAUUUAUACUGAUGACAUUAUUUUAACUAACCUUAUUUUAAAUAGAAAAGAAAAGCUAUUUGUUAGAAAGAGAAAAAUUAAAAAUGUAACAGAGGAAAAAGUGUGUUUUAGUAGUACUUUGGAAUACAAAGUUGCAGAGUGUCGUAAAGCACCCGAUAUUGACUGGAACGAUGCUCAAUCAAGGACGUGUCUUCUUCCGAUUCUUUUGUAACCAACGACGUUUUUCACAUAGUUGUAAGUGCCAGCACUUAGACCAUUUAGAUCGGCCUGGCCUACCCUAGGCUGGAAGUUUUCGGAAGUUUAUGGCCUGAAAAAUUUUAACCGAAGAAGAGUAUAGCAUAUUUCUAUGCUGAUAGGAUUUAUUUUGAUCGAAGAGAGAAAGCUGAAGAUAUCAGCCUAGGGACAGGCAGAGCAAGCCCUCCCAUGGUAAUACGAUCGCAGUCUAUACAGUAUGUUUGUAUGUACUUAUACUUAAAGCUAGUAUCGCGAAAUCGCGUGUAAUGCAACUCAUACAUAUCAAAAUGAACUUUAAUUGUUAGAGAGAUAUUGUAUACAUUAUUUAUAUUAAAGAAGAUUCCUUAUUUAAGUCAAUUAACGUAGAGAUGGGAGCACAUAUGUGUUGCGUGCUUUAAAGCGAGUGCAUUUAGUGGCGGGUAUAGGUAUUGCAGUGUAACUUGGGGCUGUAGUAGCAAAAUAAUUUUUGAGUCUGUGUAUAAGUAAGUACAAAUAAGUAGGUAAUUAGAUUUUUUUCAUAGUUCGUUUUUUUUCGAAUAAUGGUACCUCAGGAAAUCUCGGUUACACUUUGUUAAAUCGUCUUCAGCAAAGAGGACAUGACGCAUCUUUUAUUAAUGUCGCGAAUCGAGAUGUAAAAGUUGCUAAUAUUUUUGAAAUUUAAUAUAUUUUGAAACUUUGAUGGAUGGUAAUUAUUUUAUUGUAGGUACUAAAUUUUUAACCUCUAAUUACCAAAAUUCGAUAAUGGUAUUAAAAUACAGUAAUUUAGUCAAAUAUGUAGUGGGUCUAUUUGGACUAUGUACUUGCAGUGGCCUCAACGUACAUUGCGAUACAUAACCCGCAGUGUAGUGGCGUGGCGCGUGGGCGAUGAAUUGGUUCGAACAGUAUUCAUGAAAUUGUAUCAAUUUCAAAUACCCACAUAGAUUAUUGUCAACUAAAACGCUGUAUAGGCAAAUUAACGAUGCAAUAUUAUUUUUAUUACAAAUUGACGCAAUAUAGAUGUUAUUGUUUUAUAAUGUUAGCUUAGUAGAAAUUUUAUUUGUAAAUAUUUGUUUUAUAUCGCUUAGAUCUCUAUUGCUUCUCACGAAAUUAGUGCUAGACUUUAUAAAUAUGUAUUAAAAGCAUUUAUCGAAGCAAAGCUGCAGAAUUUUCCAAAUGUUUAUUUAACUCAGAUGCAUAAUGUAAACUAAACGAAACUUAGGAAUAAUGAAUUUUAUUGAAAGGUAUAUAGUGUAGGCUUUAAGCCUAACUUUAAGUAUGUGCAGAUAUAUUUGUUUCAAAUCUGCACAUUGUAUUUGUACGUGUGCACGGUAUAUAGCGCACUAGGGCCUUGUUUCCACUGACACGGAAAGUUUACAAAAAGUUACCGGUGCUCCCGGAGCUCUCCUAAAUAUUUCGCAAAAAUUUAAUCAAAAUAGAAAUUCUGGAAAUGAAAAUUUUCUACACAAAAUUAUGAGAAAAUUUUUCGUAGUUUUGUAAACUUUCCGGCUACACAUCAGUGCCUGUGCCUGAACACAGGACACGUGUGACCCUGUAGGAUACGUUUUAACUAUGUGUGUAUCGGUGUUCAAUAUAGGCUUGGUCCCCUCCCCACCGACCAAAUGUCCAAAUUAUUAUACUCGUUCACGCUUUGACACUAAAGUCUAUCCUAUAUAUCUGUUUUAAAUUAUUGUUAUUACUAAAUUAUAUGCUGUAAAGCUAUAUCAUAGUAUAAUGGAAGUUUAGGAUCUGCGUUGCAAUAUAUCAAAGUAUAUUUUUAAUGUGAUAUACAAGUCAUCUGCCUAUAUGUAGGUAUAUAUAGAGUUUGCUAAGACUUGGACACGAAACAUAUCAAAUAAAUGUGACUUAAUGUUAACUUAUUGAACAUAUCUUAACUUUAGAGACGGAUACAUAUCAGUAAUUGUAAGUAGACAUAGGAUCGUUGUUGUUCUUCGGCCGCGCUUUCUAACUACAGUAGUCAAUUCUCAUUACAUUUAUACCAUAAAUGUCAGAUAUUAAAUAUUUAUUGACAUAUUUUAUUUUGAAUUAUAUCCAGUUAAGAACAUUUAUUAUUGAAGUGCAACAUAUAUAUUUAAGUGAGAAUAUUAUACAAGAAAAUAUUUAUACAUAUUCGAAAUAAAAUUAUUUAUUAAUUGAUUUCGAAUGAAUACAAAAACAAUGAAUACAAUUUGGCGACAUAAUGUAACUGAAAGUCGCCUUUCAAUUUAGACUUCAAUAAUGACAAAUUGAGUUUAAAUACUAGGAAAUAUUCUGAGAAGCAAUAAAUAGUUUUACGAACAUUGCCUUUCAUGUUCUUGAAUGGUUCAAUCAAGCUGGAUAACUAAUACUAGCCUUUGGUGGUGAUGUAACUUUGUUUUGUGGUCAAAACUCGCUCACUUUUACAAGGUUUGUCUGAAUAACAAUGAGAUGUGAGAUAUAAUGCCCUAGACUACAUUAUUAAAAUUACAUCUAAUCAAGUAAUUAUUGACUUGAAAUUUACAAAACUCAGUUAUUAUUGAACGGCAUAAAAGUUUAGUGUUAUCAAAGUUUAGUAUUCUAAAUGUUUAUAAAAGGGCUUAUUAUCUAAUUUAAAAAAGGCCAAAAAUAUAAUUGAUUGGUCAGAUCAGGGGGGUUACCAUGACGUACUAAAGACGUUCAGUUUAGGUUGAGAGAAAGGGACACAGCUAUAGCAGUUACAUAGCUCCGUCCCUCUCUCUCAACCUAAACUGAACGGCUUUAGCACGUCAUGGUAACCCCCCUGUUAUCAGUUUAAAAUUUUAUUGUUGUGGCCAAAUAUUGAACAAUUGAAGUCACAACGAUAAGCAAACAAUUUUUUUAUUUGUUUAUUGUAUUUCUAAUGAUGAAUUGACUUGAAAUAAGUUGGUUAAUAAAAUUGCAAGAUUUUUAAGUUGUGUAUUGUUUUUAUAAUAUUUAUUAUGAUACUUUGCAUCACGUUAUUUUUCAAGUUUUAUUUAUUUAUUUUAUUUUAUUUUAUUUGUUAGGAAAACUUACAGCUAAAGUUACAAUAAGGCGUAUAACAUAAAAACAAUGAGCCAAUAACAAGUUUCCACAGAUAGAAACUGGGCAAAGUACAUGUUUAAGUGAAAAACAAUAUAUAAAAAAAUAUAUCUAUAUCUUUCUAUAUAAAUAUAUAUAUGACUGAAUCUACAUACAUAUCAUGAAAUUGAAGUAUAUAAAUAUUUUACUUAUGUUAGUUUGGCGCGUUUAGGUUAGGAAGCGAUCGGUCCACUGUUAGAUUGUAGAUAUACUAUUGACUUAUUCCUAGUUCUUGUUGAAUAUUGAAACUGUGAAAUGUGUACCGUUGUGGACUCGCCGUACGGCGCAAUAAACAUAGUAUGUCGAG